CGAUUUUCAAAUCUUCCCUCCGCGUCUGAGCUCCGUCGGCGAUUGUCUCCCCGGUGCCGUUGAACGUUAGCCGUUAGCGCCUACUACAUAAUCAACUAUAGAACGAUCUAAUCGUAAAUUGUCAAGAGUAGUACUGAACAGAGUUCGCCAUGUCUACAGCUGCUAAAAAAAGUUCUACAGAAGCUAAGGAGAAAGAUCUAAUGUUUGACAAAGACAUGGAAAAGGAUACAUGGGAUUUUAAGUCGAUGACAGAUGAUGAUCCAAUGGAUUUUGGAUAUGGGUCACCUGCAAAAAAAGAUAAGAAAAAGAAUGCUUUCAACCUGGAUAUGAGUUUCGACCUGGGUGGAGAUUUCGGAUCAUCAUUCAAAAUGGACAUGUCAGACUUUGAUUUCUCCAGCCCGGCCAUGAAAACCACAAAAACAAAACAAAACUCUGACGAUAGUGGAGAUCUAAAACAGAAAAAGAAUCCGUUUCACUUCUCUUGUGAUUUUGACGCGUUAGGUGACUUGGAUCUUGAUUCAAACCCACUGAAGAAGGGAAACGAGACUACGACCAAGUCCAUGGAUUUCGAAGAAUUUGCUGGUUCAAAAUUUUCUGAGAAGUCUGACUCUUUCGACUUUGGCCCAGACUUACCAACAACUAGACAAGCUGUCUCCCGGGCAAAUACAGAUGUCAAGGCAAAUACUUCAGCUGAAAAAGAAAACCAAAAUUCCAAGGGUGCAGAUAGUAUGAGCAGCAUACACUCGAAGCAAGCUGAUAGUAACAGCAGCACACACUCGAAGCAAGCUACACUAGAGAGCAAGGAAAAUUUUGAGGAGGUGGAUUCACCUCAACGUCUAAGGAUGAUAACCUCUCGAUUUCAUACAGUGCGUGGACAACCUCAGCCUGCCAACAUUUCACACUUGAGGACAUCAUAUUCAAAGGUUGAAGAAAAUAAUAAACCCUGUCUUUCAAAUGAGACAGCAGAACCCUCGCCAUUACAUUCUUCUGAGACUGCACAUACUGCAGCAAGCAGAGAAACCACUCCAGGAAGCCAUGAAAUCUGCAGGUCUGGCACGAAAGAAGAUUCUCCUAGAGAUACAGAAGAGAAUGCCAACAACAAAAUGAUUUCCGCCACAAAAUCACGUUAUGAGAAGACUGAACCAAACAUCUCAUCUCUUUCAUGUUUGGACAAGAUCAAACAUCAACAAGAAGAGAUGGAUACAGACACUCAGGCAGAAAUACAAGAUCACACUAGAAGAACAUUAUGUGUUCCAGAUGCCGGUCAUUCUCAAACAACUCUCCCAGAAAAAGUACCAUCAGGUUCUCAACUAGGCCAAACUGCCCAGGUACAAGAUUCGAGUUCAAAGCUGCCACAGGAUCCAUCCGACAGCGUGCCCAGGCUCAGUGAUUUGAAGGCCAUGCAAAACAGUGACUCAGGACAGAUCAGAUCCAUGUUUUUCAAGAAGAUAGAAAAACCACAAUCACAUGUGCUUGAGUCUCCAACUCAAACAGAGAUUCGUCCAGUUACACGUGAAAGAAUUGGGUCGGAUGUGAACCCUACAAUUAAUAAAAGACAUGAUAAUGAAGAUGCCUUACCUGGAUCCCAAACUAGAACAGCUCCAACUGAGCUUGCCAAAAUGGAUUCCAAAACAGCAAAUGUCAAUACUAACAGCAGUUCCCAUGAAAAGAUAAUCCAGAAGGACCACUCAGGUACCAGGAUCUUUGAAAAUGUGGCCGGUCUGAUGGAUCACUCAAAGCUGCUAGCUAAAAAUACAACCAGAGAGAAGUCCACCUUACAGUGCAAUACAAGCAGCUCAAACCCCGAUGCUUCUAGCUUGACUGGGAAGCUAAACAAACAUUUGAGUUCUGGAGGCGAAUCUUUGCAGAAGUCCAAAAUGGUAUCGCUUGAAAGGCCUAAACUUGGAAAUAUUAUAUCUGAUCUGCGUGCAGCAACUCAAAGGGCCAUUGGAGUAAACAAAGACAAACCAAAUUCUGCAGUGCAACCACAAGUUAACCCUUCCACAAGGAGUGAGAGAAAUACCGAGGCACCGAUUAGAAAGAGCUCUGAGAUUCAUCAUUUGGCUCCCAGAGACAAAACACAAGUCCUGCAGUAUAGGAACGUUGGAGUAAACAAAGACCAAACCAGUUCUGCAGUGCAACCAGAAGUUACCUCUUCCACAAGAACUGAGAAAAAUACCGAGGCGCCUGUUAGAAAGAGCUCCGAGAUUCACCAAUUGGCGCCCAGAGACAAAACACAUUUCCUGCAGUAUAUGAACAUUGGAGGAAACAAAGUCCAACCCAUUUCUGCAGUGCAACCAGAAGUUCGCUCUUCCAUAAGCAAUAAUAAAAAUACCGAAGCACCAGUUAAAAAGAUCUCUGAGAUUCAUCAUUUGGCUCCAAGAAACAAAACGCAAAUCCUGCACUGCCCACCUUCUUUAAAGCGGAAGGCUCUCGAUGAGGAUCCGAAUAGAUCGCUGAUGCCACAACUUAAACGCUUUUCCAUGUCUCCAAGAGAAAACAGGAACAUUGAGGAGCACGCACACGCAGUUGGGCAAGGAAAGUUCUCAAGUCAAGCGAGUAGACUAGAUGACAAUACAACCAAGCAGCUUGUCAAAGAAAGCCCCCGGACUAAACCUCAUCCCCAAAUUACGAACAUGGCAAAUAUGGAAAUCCCGAUCACGGAGUAUGAUGAAAACAUUGAGAAAGCUGAAUCAUAUACAAAAGAACUCGACAGUAUCUGCAACAUUCUGAAGAAGAAACAUGAGGAAGCCAAAGAGUUGCUUGUCCGUGCUGUCGUAAACAACAAUAAGCUACUGAUGCUCAACCAUCCUUUACAUGAAGACAAAAUUCGUAUGGUCCUGAAUUUCGCAGCUAAGUUGAGUUUAGGGGAGACAUGAUGAAACACUCAAACAACUGUUGCUUUGCGAGGUUCAACACCUUAUGGUCAAAAGUCCAGAAACGUUGACGUCACACUAGUCCAAGGUAUUUGAUCAUCUUUCUCAUUUUGCGGUUAAAUAAAGGAGAAGAAAACGUGAAUGUUGGAACUUAAUAUAUAAAUACAAUAAACAAUCACCACUAUAGCUUAAGAAAAAUUGAUCCAGAUGAAUUUAGAAACAGGUAAUAUGUGUUUUGUUAUU